GUGAGUUGUUUUAGCUGCGCGCGCGCGCUUCCACUCCAAUUCGUCCGUCUUUCAGAAUAUUAUUGAUGAUAACCUCAUAUUAGUUGACUGGUUGCAAAGUCAGGGACGGCUAAUUGUGCUAUCAGUCGAACGCGAGCAGUCUUUCGGUCACUACCUCUCAUAUAAAAAACCUUAUUUUAUUGAUUUCAAAAUGUUCGUGAAGCAACCGUUGGUGUUCUUCGUACUGCUUGCUAUAUCACGGAUUGAUGCACAGAGCUGCCAAGGCGGCGCGCAAUGCGUCAUUAUCCAACAGUGCACAUACCUGUAUAGACAGCUUCAACAAGGGAGCAACCCGCAGCUUACGAUUCUGUUACGGAAUCUACAUUGUGGGUUUCAGGAUGAAAAUCCAAAGAUCUGCUGUCCCCCAGAAUUAUCUGAACAGCAAUUCAGUAGUAGGAAUGGAGGAGCUCCAGUGGAUCCUCACAGCUUGCUACCAUCACUUGCUCAGUGUGGUACACAGACUGACGACAGGAUAGUCGGCGGAACUCGUGCAGAAAUCGACGAACACCCCUGGAUGGCACUCUUAAGAUAUGACAAACCUAGAGGAUGGGGCUUCUAUUGCGGCGGUGUCUUAAUAUCGUCAAAGUAUGUUUUAACUGCCGCCCAUUGCGUUAAAGGGGAAGAUUUGCCUAAAAAUUGGAGGCUGUCUCAAGUCCGUUUAGGCGAGUGGAACACGACCAGCUCGGUGGAUUGCAUCGACGCGGACUGCAGCGGGCCGCCGCAGGACAUUGUAGUGGAGAGGGUCAUACCCCACGAGGACUACGACCCGGCAGACAUUCAUCAAGCGAACGACAUAGCUUUGCUAAGACUGCAGCACAACGCGGUCUUUAACGACUUCGUGAAACCUAUCUGCCUUCCAACAUCGGGUGAUAUAAAACGUACCGCACUAGAAGGGUACGACAUGGAAGUAGCCGGCUGGGGCAAAACAGAAACGCAGAGCGAUACUAUCCAAGUCGUUAUAUACAGCGGCGUCCAAAGUCUACUAUCAGGUUCCGAAUCAGACGUAAAGCUGAAGGUGGUAGUGCCAGUGGUGAGCAACGCGCAAUGUGCGAGCGUGUUCAGCCGAGUCAGCCGCACUAUCACUGGGAAGCAGAUGUGCGCCGGCGGCGUCGCGGGGCAGGACUCGUGCCGCGGGGACUCCGGGGGCCCGCUCAUGGGCAAAGUGUCCAGCUAUAGCAACUGGUUCGUGUUCGGUGUCGUCUCGUACGGACCCUCGCCAUGCGGCACCCAGGGCUGGCCCGGAGUGUACACCCGCGUCACCGAGUACACCGACUGGAUAUUAUCGAAAAUAAAGCCCUAAUUAUACGAAGGAUGUUCUCAAAAGCUACAUUCUCUUUUUAUUUUACUUUUCGUUUUAAAUAUGACUCACAUCGUGACUGAAGAAAUUUUAUUUUUUAGGUAAACAAAAAUUUAUUGACCAUAAGUUUUUUUUACCUACAAGUGAAUCAGUGUGUCACAAAUGUGCCAUGACAAUUGUACCAAUUUACGGUGCACCAAAUGAAGUACUGCUCCUUGCAUUUAACUAGUAAACUUAAUUAUGC